AUGUCGGCGACAAGUGCAUACCUAGAGGGCCUCAUUGACGAAUGCGGAGGGUUUUCAAAAUUCCAGGUUAUCAUUUUCACCAUUGUUAUGACGAGCAAAUUCAGUGCAACAUGGAGUACGCUGAUGAUGACAUUUGCUGGAGCCAUUCCUGACUGGGAUUGUAUUUAUGAUGAAUCUUUAGGAACUUUGUCAAAUCAGUCAGUUGUGACGAACACUUCAAUGUACGAUGAAAAUUUCUCGAACAGUUCUUAUCAACAAUGUCAGCCUCCGGAAAAUGCUACUGCCGACAGGUGUAUGGAAUAUCGUUUUAAGGACGACAUGAAUACCGUCGUGAACGAGUGGACAUUGGUGUGUGACAAAGAAGGGAUAGCAUCAACUAUCACCAUGAUACAGAUGGCUGGACUACUGAUCAGUGGAGUGACCGCUGGUCACUUGGCAGACAUCAUUGGCCGAAAACCUACCUACUUCUUAUCGUUAGCUAUAAUGGCCAUUUUCAACGUUUGUGCUGGUUUUUCGGUGUCCUGGGAAAUGUUUGCAGCUCUGAGGUUUUGUCUUGGUUUUGGGAUAGGUUGUUAUCUGACAGUGUUUUACAAUUUUCUGAUUGAGUUUACGCCAGCCAAGUACCGCGCAGCCGUAACAGCCCUCCCGUCCUGGCCUGUCUGGGCAUGCGUGUUUGGAUUUUUGUCAAUGUGGCUGCAUGACUGGAAGUACCUCCACUUCGCCACAGCUAUACUUAUCCUACCAUAUCUACUAUGCUGGUGGAUAACUCCAGAGAGCUUCCGAUACCUCGUUUCCCACAACAAGAUAGAUGAGGCCGAGGAAAUAAUUCGCCGAAUGGCACGUACAAACGGGCGCCCUGUUCCCGAUCUGAAGAGAUUACGCUUUUUGGCAGAGGAGGAUAUAAAGACAAAAGAAAAGAAACACACAAUAAAAGACUUGCUGAUGGACCGUACCUUGUUUAAACGUACAUGUCUCCUUGGAGUAGGAUGGUUGUCCUGUGGCUAUGGUUACUACGCCAUCUCCUUCGGAGUACAGCAUUUGUCCGGGAAUCUUUACCUCAAUAUGUUCCUGCUUAGCGCUGUGGAAAUUCCUACCCAAAUAUUGAAUUAUUUCUUUACGAACAAGGUUGGUCGACAAAAGUCAGCAUUCGUAUUAUUACUGAUGGGAGGUCUGUCUGGGAUCGUGGUAGCAGCAGCAGAAAUAAGUGACUUGAAUAUAAAACAUCAGCUGAUUAAUGGAUUCGCGUUGACGGCGAAGUUAUGUGUGGCAACGGGCUGGGCCUCCCUCAUGUUACUGACAACAGAGACCUACCCAACUGUUGUAAGAAACAUCGGAUUUGGACUCCAUAAUUCUAUAUCACGUGUGGGAGCGAUGGUUGCACCAAAAAUUGUUUACCUGAACAAAUAUACACCUGGACUGAUGUAUUUUCUGUUUGGAGGACUUAUGCUGUGUUCUGCAAUCUGCACAUUGUUGGUGGUAGACACAAACGGCAAACAUAUGCAAGAUCUUAUCAAAAGUGAUACAAAAAAGGGAAACGUAAUUUCCGAGAUUCCAUCGAUCGAAAAAGUGGUUUCGGAUAAUAGAAAAUCACAAACAAAUGAUGAAAUACUAUGA